AUGGAUGAUGAUACUACUACUACUUCUACGGCAUGUGAUGAUGGAUAUAAUGAAUACAUCGCUCCUCAACGAAAGAGAAAGAAGAGUGGUACAUCUCAUUUGAAGCGUCAUUUAGAGAGGUAUGCAAAUAGGCCUCUAGGACUUACAUUUGAGGAAGAUAGUGAUGAAGAAAAUUUUGUUUUUGACAUGAAUGAACUUCAAAAAGAGAUUCUUAAUUUCAUUGUUGAGGGAGGAUUGACUUGUAUUAGUGGAAUUUUGGAUAAAAUUCAUUCAUUUAUAAAGUUGAUCAACAAAUCUUCUCAUAGAAGUGAAGAAUUCUAUGAUUGUGCGGAGAAGAUAUUUCACCUUGAUGUAAAAAGGAAAUUGAACCUUGUUAUGCAUGUUCGUUGGAAUUCCACGUAUAAAAUGCUUGGCACUUCUCUUUACUUCAAAGAUGUUUUUCUUCACUUGAGAUCUAGUCAUGCUUCAUUUCAAUCAUAUAUUCCUUUAGAGGAUGAGUGGGAAAAAGCAAGCGUGAUUCACAAUUUUUUGGAGUUGUUUUAUGAGGUUACUUGUAUGUUUUUGGCGGUGAAUCCUAUUUCUAAUGUGUAUUUUAAAGGUGCAUGGAUGGUGCAUCGCCAUUUUCUUGAGGCAGAGAAAGGUCCUUAUGAUUAUUUAAAGGAAAUAGUGAAACCAAUGCUUGAAAAAUUUGACAAGUAUUGGUCGGAUUGCAAUUUGUACUUGUCAUGUGCCGCCAUUCUUGAUCCGAGGUAUAAAGUGAAAUUUGUGGAAUAUUGUUUUAGUAAGUUAUAUGGAAGUGUAGAGGCCUCAAGACAAAUUAACUUGGUGUUGGGAACUAUGAAGUCAAUGUUUGAGGAUUAUAAGUUGCAAUAUGCUAGUAGUUCUCCUAUUAUAGUUGCUCCUUCUCCUCCUAGUACUUCCGGAGCUAGAAACUACUUUGAUGAUUAUGACCAUUUUGUCAGUACUAGUGCAAGGUCUCAAGUAGGAAAGUCACAACUUGAGAUUUACCUAAAUGAUGAUGCUUUAGAUCUAAAUUCACAAUUAGAUAUUUUAGAGUUUUGGCAUCAAAGUUCUGUGAGGUAUCCUGUGGUAUCUAAGAUGGCACGGGAUUUGUUGACUAUUCCUGUAAGUAUUGUAGCUUUGGAGUCUGCUUUUAGUAUUGGAGGAAAGACUGUUUUGGCAUCGCGAAGUUCAUUAAAGUCAAAAACAAUUCAAGCUUUAGUAUGUAUGCAAGAUUGGCAUCGUGAAAGCAAUCAAGUAAAGGUUGAUAGUAAACUUGAAGAUGAAAUCAUUGAAGAAGAAAAGGAUGAUGAUGCAGACCCUUUCUGCUAG